AUGGGGAAUUCAGACCAAAAACCGUGGCUGUUUAAUCUUCGGUCAUCCGAAACUUUUCUCGUGUUGACCGUGUCGAUUGCGAUUUUCACUGAUUCUUUUAUCUAUGGCGUGAUCGUUCCUAUUAUUCCGGUUGCGCUUGUUGAGCGAGUAGGCGCUCGUCCGGAAGAUGCACAAUACCUUGUUUCAAUAUUGCUAGCUGUGUACGGCGGUACACUUCUCGCUGGAUCGCCGCUGUUUGGGUAUUUCGCCGAUAAGUGUUCGUCGAGAAGACUCCCUUUUGUCCUCGGACUUAUCGCUUUGGGAACGUCUACAGCGCUUUUUGCUUUUGCGCGCACGUUCCCGAUUCUGGUUAUUGCGCGCAGCUUGCAGGGAUUCUCCGCUGCUGCAGUCUGGGUCGUUGGCCUUGCCAUCGUGUCUGACAAUGUGCCACCGGAGCGGGUUGGCGCGGCGCUGGGAAUGACUACCAUCGGGUUGACAUGGGGAUUUCUCCUAGGUCCUAUGGUCAGUGGGUAUAUUCAUGAUACGUUCGGGUAUUAUGGAUGUUAUGCGAUUCCAGUGGGAUUGAUUGUGGUAGAUGUUGUGUUGCGAUUUGCGAUGAUUGAACUGCCAAAGGUCAACCGUCGUAAAUCCGAACCCGAACAGCAGUCUGAGUCCGAUUCAGCUUAUGAAGACAACAUUUACGAUACUUUCAAUGCCAAUGAUGUUCGCAGUCAGGGUCGAUUUUCUCGUCGGGAGCGUGAGAGAGAGGACGCUCCUCUCUUGGGUCCUUCGUCGCAGUCUGUUCAGCACCCUGGAAAGGAUAACGAGCAAAAUGCAACUAUCCUUAGUCUUUUACGCACACCACGAUUGCCACUUUCUCUGCUGGCGACAACCUCCAUGGCAAUUACCCUCUCGGCCCUAGAGACUUCAUUGCCAUUGUUCACCAUGGAAACUUUCGCCUGGACCCCCAAGGGAGCCGGCUUGAUCUUUCUCGCCUUGACCGUGCCAAGUUUUGCGGGAGUGCAGCUUGGCAAGCUGGUUGAUUCAAUAGGAGUACGAAUCCUUGGUGUCAUUAGUUUCGCGGCCUGCUGCUGCGCCUGGAUUUUGAUGCGACUCGUUACCGAGAACUCGCCAGGCCAUAUAGCCCUGUUAGUUGUCCUUCUGCUCAUCCUUGGUCUAACAAUCGUCACCAUCGAGAUCAUUUCGAUGAUGGAGGUAUCGCAAGUCAUCACAGAUUACGAAGCUGAGUUCCCUGGGGCGUUCGGCGAAAAGAGUCCUAUUGCACAGGCCUACGCGCUGUUCAAUAUGUCAUUCGCAGCAGGCCAGCUUGUGGGUCCAAUCAUGGCUGGUCCGAUUCGUGUCAAUGGUGGCUGGGGAACUAUGACCCUGGUUCUUGGACUUCUGGCUGGCGUGACUGCUAUUCCUUUCGGCCUUUUCAGCGGUUCACCACGUAAGACGGUAGAAAGUGAGUCUACCGGUGCUGUUUAG